AUGUCCGGUCCCUCCCUGAUCAAGCAGUCCAGCAACCCCAGAGACUUCUCUGGAUGUCGGGAUUCAUUCCGCUCAAUGAAGACUAAAGUCCACCAAAGUGUCACUUGCGCAGACAGUGCGAACCUUGAGGGCCAUUGCGGUAGGGACGCUGCGAGAUUUGAGCUAGGGCGCUGCAUGCUUUGGAAGAAACCCACAUUGAGACUUCUCCGUAGGUAA